GUCGCGGUUUGUUUUAUUUGGCGAAGUUAACGACGCAGUUCGACAAUUAGAGUAAUGUCAGAGACAAGUCCAUUACUUCCUAGCACAGCAACGUCAACAUACACUCGUAAAUGUACCAGCGUUGUAGCUGUUCUUAGUGGCCUGGUCUUUUCUGUUUUCGUGGCGAUAGCUAUUGCUGUUCCCGUGGUACUGAAAUCGGAUAAUGCGGUUGAAGUCAAGGUCGAAGACACGGCACAAGGCGAGUAUUCACUGAAAAACAAGAUCAAGACACGCGAUGGGUAUUUGGAAGCGGCCAGAGCUAUUAUGCAGAAAGUACCUCUUGUUGAUGGGCACAAUGAUUUCCCGUGGUCAGUACGCACAAACUGGGAUAAUCAACUCUCCCUGUUCAACAUGCACGAUGAUCUGACAGAGUUUGCCGAGACCGACAUACCCCGACUUCGUGAAGGACACGUGGGCGCACAGUUUUGGGCUGCCUACGUCCCAUGUGAAACCCAAUUCCAGGACUCGCUACGCCAGACCAUGGACCAAAUCGAUGUUAUCAAACGAUUUGUAAAACAAUACAGUGAGACAUUUCAGUUUGUCACUACGUCGCAAGGAAUAUUGGAUGCACAUUAUAAUGGUAGGAUAGGGAGUCUCAUUGGUGUUGAGAGUGGUCAUGGUAUUGACAGUAGUCUUGCGACGAUAAGACUUAUGUACGAGAAUGGGGUGAGGUACAUGACCCUCACACAUAACUGCAAUACACCGUGGGCAGAUAAUAAUAAAAUGACCCGUGAUAAUACAAGUGAACAUGAUGGUCUAACAGACUGGGGAAAGAUAGUUGUGAAAGAAAUGAAUCGUUUAGGCAUGAUGGUUGACUUAUCUCAUGUGUCUUUUAUGACGAUGGAAGAUGCGUUGGACACUAGCGAGGCACCAAUCAUUUUCAGCCAUUCGGGCUCCUACAGUAUCUGUAACCAUGAACGUAAUGUUCCUGAUCACAUACUUGAUAAAACUAAAGACAAUGGUGGUAUUGUGAUGGUGAACUUUGUUGAAGACUUUGUGAAUUGUUAUCCAAAUAAACAAGAAUGGAGUGAUGUCAGUCAAGUAGCUGAUCAUAUUGAGUACAUUGCUAAUAGAAUUGGCGUGGAUUAUGUCGGUAUCGGUUCGGACUAUGACGGCACUAGCAGUUUGCCAAUUGGUUUAGAAGAUGUUUCCACAUUUCCUAACUUGGUUGCUGAAAUGUUGUACCGAGGCUGGCAACAAGAGGACAUUGAAAAAUUGAUUGGUCUAAAUUUACUUAGAGUAUUCAGACAUGUAGAAAUGGUUCGUGACUCGCUAUCUGACAAGCCUCCAUAUGAAAACCGCUUCCGAAAAGGUGACAGCAAAGAAGAGGACAAUAACAUAUGCAGAACUCAUAAAUAUAAUUUAGAAGAGUCAUCACCAACAAAGCGACACAUUGACUGCUGACUGAAAUUCAUGGUCAUAGUUUCGGAAUAUUGAAGUGUAUACACUUAUUAUUCAGGACUUGGAAGACCUCAGAAAGAGCGUGAUUAGUUUAUCAACGGGAAGUUGUUCCAAACACAGUUGGUAAUGCAGUCCUUAGCAGGAGUGAAAAUGACUAUACAUGUAUUUUGAACAUUAAAGGGUGGUGGUCAUCCCGCUGUGCAUGUGCGACAUUUGUGUUGAUAAACAUUGAUUUUCCCAUAAUCCAGUGCGUUCUUCUAAUGAAAAUCGCAAGUAUGAGAUUUGACCUGGGCGCGACUUGCACUAAUAACAGUCGGUGACUCCUUCGAUACCUUCCAAUCGCCUAAAAAUUACCCAAUUAAAGCUUGGUAACGUCUCAGUUUGUAGUUGUUGGUCUGCACAACAGUCAAAGUCGCCAUCUUUGUUUAUAUGAGACCCAUAUAUCUUGCGCAUGCGUGGCGCGACGAAUAUCGCUUAGGAUCAAAUCUUUCUGGUCUAGACUAGAUCCUAGACAAAAUUAAAAUAAAA